AUGGACGCGGGGGGCUGCCGCCACCAGUUUCGGAUCGCGCUGCUGGGGGACGCGGCCGUGGGCAAGACGUCGCUGCUGCGGCGCUACGUGGCGGGCGCCCCGGGCACCCCCGAGCGCCCCGCGGAGCCGGCGCCGGCGCCCACGCUGGACGUGGAGGUCCACAGCCGCCCGCUGCAGCUGCGCGCCGGGCCGCGGGUCAAGCUGCAGCUCUGGGACACCGCGGGCCAGGAGCGCUUCAGGUGCAUCACCAGGUCUUUUUACCGGAACUUGGUGGGUGUCCUGCUGGUCUUUGAUGUGACAAAUAGGAAGUCCUUUGAACACAUCCGAGACUGGCACCGGGAGGUGACGGCCACUCAGGGCCCGAACAAGGCGAUCUUCCUGCUGGUCGGCCACAAGAGUGACCUGCAGAGCACCCGCUGUGUCUCGGUCCAGGAGGCGGAGGAGCUGGCUGCUUCCCUGGGCAUGGCCUUCGUGGAGACCUCAGCCCAAAACAAGCGCAAUGUGGACCUGGCUUUCGACACGCUGGCGGAGGCCAUCCAGCUGGCCCUGCAGCAAGGCGACAUCAAGCUGGAGGAGGACUGGGGUGUCCGCCUCAUCCAAAUCCCGAGGCCACCCCCCAGGAAGCAGCAGCCAGGCCCGUGCCAGUGCUGACUCUGGGAGGGGAAGAGUAAAGCAGGGGCA